AUGGCGAACUUCAACGACCAGAUUGUCGAGGCCCUACUCACGCCUUCUUGCCAGGACCCUUUCAUCAUUCAACUCCGAACCGCACUCGACUCAAUCGACGAACACAACCAGAAUGAAGUCAGCGCCAUCGUUGACAACCUCCUCUCAAACCAUCCCGCCUCAACGCACUCCAUGACCUUCGAUCACUUAAUGCAAAGACUGACCAGCACCACGACCGAACCUUCGCAGGCGAAGGAGGUCGAUGAUCUAUCCAACCUUAUGUGCAGUUCGACCAUUCAGCAGCGCGAACCAACUGGGAUCCAGAGAGCUGCUUACGGUCUCGGCCCCAGCCCAGGCUUCGUCCCAGCCGCCAGGAACGAGUUCUAUUUCCUGCAAUUAAGCUUCGACACAGCCCUGACCCACAUGAUGGACAUCUUUCGCCAAGCCCUCGUAGCAGUCCGGGACUGGGAUCCCAAAAACAACCACGGGGCUUCCAUGCACUUCGUUCGAAAAGCGAAGAACCCGGAUCAUCCGAUCAGACGCAUUCGAAGACAUGUUUGGCACGUUUGCGAGUUUGUCCAUGAGGGCCGUGUUGGGUGGAGGUUGAUCGAUAUCCCUUUCAAUUUCUACGAUGACCUUUUGCCUUUGCUGACGGAUUUCGUGAAUCGCAUGCAGGCUAUCAGCAUUGCGGUCAAGUGUGCCUUGUUGACGGACAUCGUCACUUGGGCUGAUCGGAGUGGUCUCGCGCUGGAUGCGAUGAGGAUGGCGAGGAUCAAGACUGAGCUUGAGAGCAAAGAGGCUUACAUGAAAAGUCAAGCAGAUCUCGAGAGACACAAGCUUGACGGCGACCUCAAGACCAAGUAUCAGGGCAUGGACAAGAUGGGUUUGACGGAGAAAGGGGCGAGUUUGGAGGAUAUCUUGGGCAUAGAAGCGCUUGACUUGGGCGCCCCUGCGCUUGACGAUGACGAUGACUUUGGGCGCGCCAUACUGGAGGCGCUUGAUGAUGCGAAUGUUUAG